AUGGCUGACCGAGGCGGCGCUAGAGGCGGCGGUUUUGGCUCUCGAGGUGAUCGCGGCGGCGAUCGUGGCCGGGGCCGUGGUGGACGACGAGGUGGUCGACGAGGUGGCGGCAAGAGCGACGAGAAGGAGUGGCAGCCCGUCACCAAGCUCGGUCGUCUCGUAAAGGCCGGAAAGAUCAAGAGCAUGGAGGAGAUCUACCUGCACUCUCUGCCCAUCAAGGAGUACCAGAUUGUCGACUUCUUCCUGCCCAAGCUCAAGGAUGAGGUUAUGAAGUGUGCUAACUCGGUUCUUUUCUCCCACGUACAGAUCAAGCCCGUCCAGAAGCAGACCCGUGCCGGUCAGCGAACACGAUUCAAGGCCAUUGUCAUCAUCGGAGACUCUGAGGGACACGUUGGUCUGGGUAUCAAGACCUCCAAGGAAGUCGCCACUGCUAUCCGUGCGGCCAUCAUCAUCGCCAAGUUGAGCGUCAUUCCUGUGCGACGAGGAUACUGGGGUGCCAAUCUUGGUCAACCCCACUCCAUCCCUAUUAAGGAGAGCGGAAAGUGUGGCUCUGUCACCGUCAGACUUAUCCCCGCCCCUCGUGGUACCUCUCUCGUUGCUUCGCCUGCUGUCAAGCGUCUCCUUCAGCUUGCUGGUAUUGACGAUGCCUACACUUCAUCUUCCGGCUCUACCAAGACCCUGGAGAACACCCUGAAGGCGACCUUCGCUGCCGUCUCCAACACCUACGGCUUCUUGACACCCAACCUGUGGAAGGAGACCAAGCUGAUCAGAAGCCCAUUGGAGGAGUUUGCCGACACGCUGAGGGAGGGCAAGAGAUACUAG